GUGUGUGUGUGUGUGUGUGUGUGUAGGACCAGCUAAGAAGAUUGAAGUCCUAAGACAGGAUUAUGACUUCCAGAUGAAAAUGGGAUCUUCUUCACCUGCUCUCUAGGUCUCUCCUUUAAACUUAUCAGAUAUCUAAAAGAAAGCCAAAAGCUACAUCAUGAUGAAGUCUGGUUACUCUGUGUGUGUGUGUGUGUGUGUGUGUGUGUGUGUGUGUGUGUGUGUGUGCACGCGCGUGUAUCAGAUGUUGACACCAGGCUAUCUUCCUCAGUUGCUCUUCCACCUUAAUUUUUGAGACCGGAUCUCUAACCAAACAUAGAACUCAGCCGUUUAGAUAGCCUGGCUGGCCAGCAUGCUAUAGGAAUCUUCAUAUCUUCCCCUCCCAAGCUCUAGGACUAUGGGCGCAUGAUGAUCCAGCAGGAUUUUUAAUUUUUACAUAGUUGCUGGGGGUAUAAACUCAGGUAGCCAUGCUGACAUGGCAAGCACUCACUGGGUCACCUUUCCAGCCUUGGAUUAUAAUUUUAAUCUAUUUCUUAAGAUUAAAAAACCAUACACCCGUUGAUUUGAGAGACUGCUGGAUGGUGAGAACAGUGGGACAUGGCUACUAUCAUCUACUUGUUCCAGCUCAAGCAUUUGGUUCACAGAGGAACCAAAUUAAACAGUACUGUCCCUUCGUGUACAAACUCAGGAUGCAGAAAACUUUGUCCCAGGGCGAAAAUGUCAUCCCUGAGUCUUUAUGGGGAUCUUCCUUAGGAGUCAUCUAAUGCCAAAGUCCACAGACACUCGAGCCUUUGGUGUAAAAUAAUAAAGUGUGAUCUACAGACAUCUGCCACCUGCUAACUUACAGUACUGCACCACAAGUGACUUCUACAUAUCUCAUUGUUCCCAGAAGAAUGCAAAUGCUUAUAUUGUGUUAUUUUAGCAGAGAUAAGAGAAAAGCCUAUAUUGUUCAAGUGUCAUUUUCCCCAAGUGUUUCCUGUCUACACUUUGGAAGACACAGAUGAAGAAUUCAGAGCAUGGAGGGUCUACUCUUUAGCACAGGCAAUGAACUAAUUAAUUGCAGAAACCAUAUUUUGGGGUUUAAGGAAAAUAUGCUACGCUUAAAAAACAAACAUGAAAAUAAUCAUCAAAAUCUAGUGCAAGUCUUGAAUCAAGUGAAGUAUGAAAUUACCCAGACAGCAAACACAUCAGGAAACUUAGUUGAGAGGAAAGUGAACACAUUGAGUGGGAAGGAAAUACUUCCUAACGGGUUUGAAGACUUAAAAUUCUUCCUUCCAUAUCUAAGGACAAUGGGGAAAAUUUACCCGGAUGUAGCCACUGGCAGAGGGAAAGCAGGCGUUUCUUUCGCACUGGGAAUCACCACCAUUGACAGAAGGCAACACAGCUACCUGAAGCAGACGCUGACAUCCAUUCUGUCCAGGAUGACACCUGAAGAAGAGAAGGACUCCGUGGUGAUUGUCUCUGUAGCUGAUACUGAUGAUUAUUUAAAUUAUGUUCUUGACAUGGUUAAAACAAAAUUCAAAAGACAAGUGCAAUCUGGGUCCUUGGAAGUCAUUUCAAUACCCACCUUUUUUUAUCCAAGUAUAUUGCUUGGCAAGAAAGCAAAAGAGGACUCAGACAGUUGGCAAAUGAAACAAGUAUUGGAUUGUUGUAUUUUGAUGCUGUAUGCCCAACCCAAGGCCACGUAUUAUUUACAGCUAGAAGAUGAUAUCAUAGCAAGAAAGAUGUAUUUUACAAAAAUGAAAGAUUUUGUAAAUAGUCUCACUUCAAAAAAUUGGCUUUUUAUUGAAUUUUCAGUACUUGGACUUAUAGGGAAACUCUUUCAGUCAAAGGACCUGCUGGACUUUGUACAUUUUUUCUUGAUGUUCUACAAAGUGAAGCCCAUUGAUAUGCUUUUAGAAGACAUUUUCCUGGUGAAGAUGUGCAACUUGGGAGAGCAUUUUAGGAGGUGUAUGUAUCGAAAGAAGGACGUUCGGGUUCAGUACAGACCGUCUCUGUUCCAGCACGUGGGCAUUCAGUCAUCAUUUCCUGGACGACAACAGCACCUCAAGGUAAGGCUCUGAAAUGGACCCUGAGUGCCACAGCCUCAGUGACCUUAGAGACCCUCGAAAAGAGGAGGUGAUGCCUGUGAUAGUGUGCCUGUCACUGUGAAGUUUAUAGAGCUGUCUUCUAAGAGCCCAAGUCAUUUACCACGGUAAGGAAAAUUUGGUCUACGUACAUUCAUUCUUUUUAGCUGUCCAAUCCAAAUAAGACUUAAGAAGUGUUUUGGAGGGGGAAAAAAAAGCAGCACAUUAUUAGCAAGGAUAUUUUCGAAAUGGAAAGCCCUUGUAAAUGUAAUCAGUAUGUUUAUUUAAAUAACUAUUGACGGGGGGGGGGGGAAUCAUCAUUGUGUAGUGUUUAGGCAUUCUUAAAUUUCACAUCAGUUUUGGAAACUGUUAUUGUCGCUACGACGUGAUACCCGAGACAACCGACUUAACACCAGGAUAAGGUUUAUCUUGGCUCACAGUUCCAGCAGGGUCAGUCCAGGCUUGCCCAAUCCUCUUGCUUUGGGUCCAUGGUGCAAACAUGUCAUGAGGAAAGUACAGCGCAGGGAAACUGAGCACAGAAAGAAGGGACUGCGUCAGAAGUAUACACCCCCAGAAGCCAAAUUCUUCCCCUUGGGUUCCAUGUGUUAUAGGUUUCCCCACUCUCUAGCUGCCAGUGCCUGGUGACCAAAGCUUCACACCGAAAAGUAUUUCGAAAUCCCUGGUAGUGGGUUUCUCCAUCCAGGCAGUAAGUCAAAUCAAGCCAAAGGAUUUAAUCUUAGCAAAGCAACUCCUGGAGAAAGGAAGCAGGAGAGAAAUUUCUCCAGGAGUCUAGGGGCAGGGUCCUAAAUACCCUGUAGGCUGGGCCUUGAGUAGCUCCAGGUGAGGAGCGGGUCCUUGGUGGCUUUCUGAGAGGGUGAGGUUUAAAAUGGGAGGGGUGGGGCUGAGUUCCCAGCCGAACGUCUGGCCAGGGUUUGGAAUGGAGCUCAGGAUGGAGAUUCUCAGCAUACAAGUGUGCCUUUGGGGUGUUUACCCAAACCAUAGUGGCAUCUGGAUGGCUAAGAAGAAACAGUUCAGGUUCCAAAUAGCACGAGUUUAGUCGUGGUGACUUCAAGUGGAUGUGUGAUCCUGGGGAACCCUAAAUCAUCCAGAAGACUUCUUACCACUGAAACACCACCGUCAUCUCUGCCGUUAGUGUCUUCGCACAAGGCAGGAAAUUAAUACAUAGAUUCUUUGUCAACUGAAAUGGAAGUGCACACAUCUAUCUAUCCGGCCAUCCUUCAGGCCUGCCCUUUUCUCUCUCGAUGUCUGAGGUAAAGAAGUGCACUGCACUCACUGUAGGGAGUGGACACGGUCAGUGUUGGGUCCCACCUGUCUGGGAAGGUACAAUCCAAACCAAGAUCAGACCACACAAAGAAGAUCCUGGAACAGCAAAAUGAUGGGCUGUGAAUCCACAUAUAAACUGUAACACCAUCAAAGAUACAAAGCCCAGCCGCGGGGGGACAGAAGGAAACCUGUCCCUGCCAUCUCAGUUUGGGCGGAGUUAUAACCGGAUUCUUCUCUCACAUCGUGCAUUUUGCCUGGGAAAAUACUUUAAUCCAGCCGAACAGUGAUGGUGCACGGCUUUAACCCCAGCAGAGGCAGGUAAA